AAUACAAAAUGGCGUCUUGUUAAAGAAUGAACGUAUGCGUAUUAUCAAGUGCAGUGAUUCCAUAAUAUUUUCAUUAUUUAUAAUUUAUAUAACAUCAACAUGGGCUCAUCCGAUAUAGAUUUAGAUUCCAAAAGAGAAAUUACUGGUAUAGACUCUGAAUCAGAUAUGCUUGGGGAUCAAAGGAAAAAGAAAAAAAGAAAACACAAACACCACAAACAUAAAAAAGAUAGAGUGAUAGAGAAAGAAGAUGGAAGAAUAGAUAGACAAGAAAGAAAAAAACACAAGAAACAUAAAAGACCACGUAAAGAGAAAGAAAUAGAAAAUGGUGCGUUGGAAGAGAAAACAUCACAACGUAUUAAUCAGAAAGAAAUUGGCCUGAAUGGCAAAGUUAAAAAUUCAUUGUUGGAAAUAGUCUCCACAGAAGAAAGUGAAGAUGAAAAACUUGUGGAUCUUGAUUCGGAUGAAGUCGAUUGUACUAUUAUUGAAGAUGAUAUUGAUUUGGAGGAAUUAAUGAAACAGAAGGAACGAUUACAAGCGUGUUUAGUUCAAUACUUGUCAGAUGAAUCUGAAAAGGAAGAUAAGGAACUCGAAGAGGAAGAAGAGGAGGAAGAGGAAGAAGAAGAAGGAGAAGAGGAAGAAGAUGAAGGAGAGGAGGAUGAAGAAACAAAAGCGGAAACACCGGAUGUAAUAGUCGUAGAAGAUGAUAGCGAAGAUGAAAAUAUACUCCACAAAAAACGACCUAGAAGUAAGUCAGGAAGUAGGGAACGUAAAAAAAUAUCAAAGCCUGAAAGGCGAGUUAUAGUAGAUAUGAGUAGAGAUCGAAGAAGCAGAGAAGACCAUAAAGAUAAGAGAAGGGAUUCUGACAGAAGAAGAGAGGAGAAGACCCGGCCAAGAGAAGAAAUAAAAAGAGAUGAUGUGAGAAGAGAUGAGAAACGAAAAACUAACGAGAGGCAUAAAGAUGAUUCUAGAAAAGAAGAUUCUAGGAAAAGGAUAGAAGAAGAUAGACGUAAAGAAACUAGUAGUAGUAGAAGGGAUGAACCACGUAAAAGAGAGUACGAUAGAAGGGAGGAAGAACGAGGAGACAGAAAGCGAGACUUGGGUCGACAUUUAUCUAGAUCUCAUAAUGAUUCAAAAAGUCAAGAUACUAAAGUUGAUAUAAAGCAUAUUUCAUCGAGACGCGAUAGUCGUGAUAGAGGAGACAAUCGGGAUCGUCAAAGCAGUCGAGAUCGGCAAUCAAGUCGAGAUCGGCAUAAUAGUCGCGAUCGUUAUAAUCGAGACAGACCACUAAGUAAAGAUCGUCAUUCCAGUCGUGAUAAAAGAGACAGUAGAGAACGGCAUACUAGUCGAGAUCGUCAUGCAAAUAGAGAUAGACAAGCCAGUCGUGAUACGGAUGCACGAGAUCGACGUGAUAGUCGGAAUCAUGAAAAAAUUAGAGAACGAUCUAGAAGUAUAAGAAGAUCUCGUAGUCCCCUUAGAAAUAGAAUGGAUAGAGAUCGCAAUGAUCGUUAUAAAAGAUCGCGUUCUUUGUCCCGAAAUCGUAGGGAUAGGGAAAAACACAUUCGAGAUCAUGACAGGGAUAGAGAAAAGAAUGGUAAAAAAGAAAGAAGUGAUAAGUACAAAGAUUCUUUGUCGGAAGGCCUAAAAGUAGAACGUUCUGACAGUUCUAGCGAAGAAGAUAUGAAGGAUAUCGACAUUGAGGAAGAAGAGGAUGAGGAAGCUAUUAUUGAACGUAGGAGGAAACAAAGAGAAGAGUUACUCAAGCGAUUAAAUGGACCAAAUGAGGAUUCAAAUAUGUCUGCUGAUGUAACAGCUGUCACUGGAACUCCUCCGUCAGAAAGUCAUUCAAAUACAUCUCAAAAAUCACCAGAGAUGCCUUCAAAUAAUAAUGAAUCUACUUCGGAGAGUCAUACUCCACCACUGCCUGAAAAACCAAAAUCACCACAGCCAGUUAAAAAAAGAAAGUCUAGAUUUGAGGAUGCAUUACCUGAAGAAUCUGAAAAGAUUGAAAACACAAAAAUGACAGAGAAAGUUAAACAAGAUGAAAAACAAAGUACAAAAAAAACAAAUGAAUGGGAUAUGUUUGCUGAAGCUGAUAACAUUGGUUAUUUUAAUAGUCCUACCGUUGAAGGUAAACGUUUAGGUGGUCCAGACAAUCCUAGUUUAACAGAUAAUUGGGAUGAUGCGGAAGGAUAUUAUCGUGUUCGAGUUGGCGAGACACUGGAUUCUCGGUUUGUUGUUUAUGGUUACACAGGACAAGGGGUUUUUAGCAAUGUCGUAAGGGCUAGAGACAGUGCACGAGGCAAUUUAGAUGUUGCUGUAAAAAUCAUUCGGAAUAAUGAAAUUAUGCAUCGUACUGGACUCAAGGAAUUAGAAAUUCUUCGAAAGCUUAACGAUGCAGAUCCAGAGGAUCGAUUUCAUUGUUUGAGACUAUUUAGGCAUUUUUUUCAUAAAAAUCAUUUAUGUAUGGUUUUUGAACCAUUAGCUAUGAAUUUAAGAGAAGUAUUAAAAAAAUAUGGCAAAGAUGUUGGUUUACACGUUAAAGCUGUAAGAUCGUACACGCAACAACUUUUCCUUGCAUUAAAAUUAUUAAAACGAGCGAAUAUUUUACACGCUGACAUUAAACCAGACAAUAUUCUAGUCAGUGAAAGUAAACUGGUAUUAAAACUUUGUGACUUUGGUUCUGCAUCUCAUGCUCAUGAAAAUGAGAUAACACCAUAUCUUGUAUCAAGAUUUUAUCGUGCUCCAGAAAUUAUUCUUGGUAUACCCUAUGAUUUUGGCAUUGACAUGUGGUCUGUUGGAUGCACAAUAUAUGAACUAUACACUGGAAAAAUAAUGUUUUCUGGCAAAACGAAUAAUCAAAUGUUGAAGUUCUUCAUGGAUCUAAAAGGCAAAAUGCCUAAUAAACUAAUAAGGAAAGGAACCUUCAAGGAUCAACACUUUGACUCUAACUGCAAUUUUCUUUAUCAUGAAGUUGAUAAAGUUACUGAGCGGGAAAAAGUCGUCGUAAUGUCCACCCUCCCAGCAACUCGUGACCUUAAUGCAGAACUUGGUGGAAAUUCAUUACCACCCGAACAAAGUCGAAAAGUUGGUCAGCUUAAAGAUUUAUUAGAACGCACGUUGAUGUUGGAUGCAGGGAAAAGAAUCACUGUGAACCAUGCUCUGGCACACCCUUUUAUACAAGAAAAAAUUUAGGUAACCCUGCCUAGGGUCCUUCUACAACAGAAAAAUAAUUGACAAAAAUUUGUGAAUUUGAAAUGAGACACCGCUAACGAUAAUCCAAAAACAAAUCGGAUAUUAUCAGAUAUCAAAUACGGAUAUUGCUAGCGUAAAUGGUGUCUGUCUUACAUGAACUGUCUGUAUUGGUUUUAGCAGAAAGAGGCGGCGCAAAGUUUCAAGUGUAACUCAAUCAAGACAACGAAGAGCAUAAAGCAGUAAAUAUUUAUAAUGCAUAUAUCAUCAUAUUGCAACAACCUUGUACUCUAUCAAUCUGAAAUAAUGUAUUUAAUAGAUUGUUAAGUACUAAUACAGGUCAAUAGAGUGCAAUAUUUUUUAUAAGACAUAAUCAAUUUUCGUAAUGAAGUAAAUUCUUAGCUACCAUCUGCUGUAUAAGUAAUUAUACCGGGAACGUAGGAUUUCAUUAUUUAAAAAACAUUCACAGAAUUUAUAGCAUAUUACGUAAUUACAUUAUUUGCAUUUUUUAUUUUAAUCUUCGAAUAAUAAUCAUUAUUACGAAUUAAAAGGUAACGAGCUCAUGUUGACAAAAAAAAAAAAAGAAAAGAAAAAAAAAUAGAAAAAAGAAAAGAGAGAAAAAAAAAGAUAUAUUCUUACCAAUCUUAUAAAUAUUUGUUACCUAAAAGUAACGUUGUUCUUAGGUGAAUGAGUCAGACUGGAAAAAGUGACCGCCUCUUUCAGCAUGAACUGGCCAUCGAUACUUAGCAUUAUGGUGAUGAAUCAUCAAUUCGAAUCAUCUUUAUGUGCAAGCGGACCUUUCAAGGGCCUUUAGCGCUGAUCCCGUUGCAAGCCCUCCCUGUGAGGAGGGGAGGCAACGGAAGAGAUCAGAUGCUGAGAAGGAAUAAUGAAAGGUGUCCCAAAGGAAUGGUAAAAACUACGCCGUAUCAUCAUACCUGCUUAAACAAGAUAUCAUCGUCGAGUCAUCCAAAAAAUUGGAUCAUCAAAGAUCAAACUAAUUUGAGCCGGUACAAGGUUUGUCCUAAAGAUUCAUUAAGGAAAGCAAAACUGUAAGUACGUAUGCAGGUAAAGUAUAUAUCGUGAAAAUAAUUAAAAUAUUGCGAUUUUACAAUCCAUUAUUUAUAAGACGACAAACAAUAAUUAAGAUCUUAAUAAAUAUUCUAAUCACUAUGGCUUUGAGUUUUCAGAUAAUUAAUUAAGAGUAAUAAAAGGAUAUUACACAUGUAUAAUAUAUACUGAAGAAACACAAUGAAAAAGUACAAUGUAUUAA